AUGGGCGCGGGCGAGCGCCCGGCGGGCGGGGGAGGCGUGCAGGACCCCCGCGCGGGCUGCGGGGCCCGGGUGCUGGGCGCGCUGUGCCUGCUGCUGUCGGUGGGCUCGGCCGCUGCCUGCCUGCUGCUGGGCGCCCAGGCGGCCGCACUGCACGGCCGAGUGGCGGCGCUGGAGCAGGAGCGCGAGCUGUGGCGGCGUGCGGGGCCGUCGGGAGCCCUGACCACCUGGGCCGAAACGCACCUGGAGCGCCUGCUGCAGGAGAAGUUGGAUGGAGUCGCCAAGUUCCGGACAGUUCGGGAAGCCCCCUCCGAGUGCGUCUGUCCCCCAGGUCCCCCUGGACGGCGUGGCAAACCUGGACGCAGAGGUGACCCAGGUCCUCCAGGGCAAUCAGGACGAGAUGGCUACCCGGGACCUCUGGGUCUGGACGGCAAGCCAGGACUUCCGGGCCCCAAAGGGGAAAAGGGUGCACCAGGAGACUUCGGCCCGCGGGGAGCCCAAGGGCAAGAUGGAGCUGCAGGACCUCCUGGGCCCCCCGGACCACCUGGGGCCCGAGGCCCUCCUGGUGACACUGGGAAAGACGGCCCCAGAGGAGCUCAAGGCCCAGCGGGUCCCAAAGGAGAACCUGGACAAGAUGGCGAGAUGGGCCCCAAGGGACCUCCAGGACCCAAGGGGGAUGAUGGGAUGCCCAGCCAGCCAGGACUCCCUGGACCCCCGGGGCCCAAGGGUGAGCCAGGGGAUGUGGGGCCCCAAGGAGAGAAUGGAGCAGACGGUGCCCCAGGACUGAAGGGGGAACCCGGCUACCCAGGCACAGAUGGAGCCACAGGGCCCCGGGGUCCCCCAGGCCUCAAGGGAGAACAAGGUGACACAGUGGUAAUCGACUAUGAUGGCCGGAUCUUAGAUGCCCUGAAGGGUCCUCCUGGGCCACAGGGAGCUCCGGGGCCACCAGGGAUCCCUGGAGCCAAGGGUGAACUUGGAUUGCCUGGCGCCCCAGGAAUCGAUGGAGAGAAGGGUCCCAAAGGACCAAAAGGAGACCCAGGAGAGCCUGGGCCAGCUGGGCCCAAAGGGGAAACAGGAGAGAUGGGCCUGUCAGGCCUUCCGGGUGCUGAUGGUCCCAAGGGAGAGAAAGGAGAGUCAGCAUCUGACCACCUACAAGAGAGCCUGGCCCAGAUCAUAGUGGAGCCAGGACCCCCAGGUCCUCCUGGCCCCCCUGGCCCCAUGGGCCUUCAGGGGAUCCAGGGUCCCAAGGGCCUGGAUGGAGCCAAGGGAGACAAGGGUGCAUCGGGCGAGAGAGGCCCUCACGGCCUGCCUGGACCAGUCGGCCCACCGGGCCUUAUUGGGCUGCCAGGAACCAAAGGAGAGAAGGGCAGACCUGGAGAGCCAGGACUCGAUGGUUUCCCUGGACCCAGGGGAGAAAAGGGUGACCGGAGUGAACGUGGAGAGAAGGGGGAGCGAGGGGUUCCUGGCCGGAAAGGAGUGAAAGGCCAGAAGGGAGAACCGGGCCCACCAGGCCUUGACCAGCCCUGCCCUGUGGGCCCUGACGGGCUGCCCGUGCCUGGCUGCUGGCAUAAGUGAUCCUCAGACAUGGCUCCCAACCUGUACAGAUCCGUCUGGAUGUUUUUAACUUGUGUAAAAAACAAAACAGUAAUAUAUUGAUCUUCUUUAUGGGAUGUGCCAACGGUGGCCUUGUAACAUUUGAGAGUGUGCCAACCAGCCUCCGGACAACCUGCCCAGGAAGCCCGCAGGAAAGCAGACAGACAGGCUGCUCUGGGGAAACUCGUGCUUAAAGGGGCCCCGGCAGGGCCUGCCUUUCCUAGAGAAGCUGACGAAGGUGCAAACGCCUGGCUCAGGUGAGGCUGGACAGACUCCGGGUUGGGCCUGCAAUCACCUGAUUAGCAGAGACACACAACUGUUCCCUGAAGCCCCACUGCUCCGACUUCUCACUGUCCAACAAGACCCCCUUGGAUGACUGCUGUACCUUCUUGCCUCUGGACCCGGCCACGGGCAGCUAGCUGCACUGGGACCCUGUGUUCAACAGGGCAGGCGAAGAUCCCUAGAAUCCAGCACUCGGGAAGAAGGUGAUGGAAAGGAACCCAAGAGGGCCUUGCUCUACCCAAGCUCAGUAGGCUUCCAGAAGCCACCCUGUCACAGGAGCUUGUAUCCUCGGGCCUCGGGAACGGCAGGGCUCUGUGAAUACCUCAGUGUGGGGCCAACUGCAGGCGCUCAGUGACCCCUGACUGUAGGGUAAAGAGACCCAGAUGCUUUAGUUGCUACUUCCGGUCUCCUUAUCACCUCACCCAGAGCAGGAACAGAAGGAGGCUUUGUCAGCCCUGAGGAGAUAUGCCUCCUGCUCAGAACUUGGGGCUCACUGGCCCCAAGUCUCCCACCUAGAACUCUGGUCAGCCUGGCAGAAACUGGCCUCGUAGGUGGUACAGACACCGUGAACCCAAAGGCUGGUCCCUGCAAGCCUGAGCAAAAUGCUUGUGACAGAAACCCCUGUCCCCUGAGAAGGGGCUUCAACACCUCUAACAAAGGUUCCUAGCUACCUGCUCCAGCCACGGCCUCACAUCCCUCUCCGCGUAAAGGUGCCGUGAGGAAUAAACCACACACGUGUGUCUGGGUGGCUAUGCUUGCAGACUUCCCUGGUCACCUCCAGCUGAGUUCAUCCUGAUGGUUCCUGCUGAAGAGGAAACGGGGCUUUCCCUGGGGGCAGAGCCAUCCCAGAAUCCAGAGGAUAUAGUUCAGGGUUAGGAGAUAGGAGGGUAUAGGCUCAAGGCCUGGACCCACACAUGUCAGCAAAAUCCUGGGACCAGUCACAUGUCACAAAGUCCCUGUAUGCCCUUCUGCUAUGCUUGUGAAGCAAGGACACUCUAAACUUGUUGCCUCAAAAUAUUCAUUCUCUCAGUUCUAAGCAUUCAGAGGACCAGCUGGGUGGGUCUCUCUUGGACUCUUCCUCAUCUGGUGACUGGUGCCUGCCAGCUAGGAUCCCGAUGGCCAUGACACCUGCCUACCUAUGACUUGUUGGAAUGGCCUGGGCUUCCUCACAGCAUGGCAGCAGGAUUCCUAGAGAGCUGUGUCACCUUUUAUGAUGAAGCCUCCAAAGUCACAUACUGUCACUUGCUGCCAGAGUCAGAGUUUAAUCCCAAUUGAAGGGGAAGAAGACAGACCCACCUCUCAAUGAGCAAAGUGUCAAUGUCAUAUUUAAAUGAGUAAAUAUGGGAGAGUAGCUCUUGUUGUAGCCCUUCAAAAAUAAAAUAAAACCAGCUUUUUCAUGUA